AUGGCCGCAUCGAAGCUUGCUCUGCCUCUGCUCGUCGCCCUAGCCGCCGCACUCUCCAUGGCGGCUGCCCAAGUGCCUCCCCCUCCGCCACCCCCGACCGCCCCAUCAACCACCCCGCCUCCGCCGGCUGUUCCCCCGCCGCCGCCGCCAGCGGCCGGGAACGGCACGUGCCCGACCAACGCGCUGGGGCUGCGCGUGUGCGCCAACCUUCUCAACGGCCUGGUCAGGGCCAACCUGGGGUUGGGCCCGCUCGUCCCGGCUGCCAGCGACCAGCAGUGCUGCCCGCUGCUCGGGGGCCUCGUCGGCCUCGACGCCGCCGCCUGCCUGUGCGCCGCCAUCAGGAACAACGCCAUCCCGGGCAUCAUCAACUUCUUCGUGCCCCUCGGUCUGGGACUCCUCCUCAACCACUGCGGCAACACCACCGUCCCCGCCGGCGUCUCCUGCCCGCCGGCUUAA